AGACUCACAUCAACAACAAGGAAAAUAUCAUGCAUGUGAACAAAAAAAUGUACCAAAUGACAAAAACAUUUCAAUGAGUAAAGUAUUUCUCAGUUUUUUCCGUUUCACGUACUUUCUGCGAUGAAACAUUAUUUUUCUCAAAUGUUUGAUUGUUAUAAAACCACUCAGGGAAAGUCUAACCACAGUAGUGAUCGACAACGCUUCUUCUACAACACAUCAUUUCUUAGCGAUUUUCACAUGCGAAAUGAAGUUAUUAGCUAGUAUUGUUCUACUAGUUGCAUCUCUGAUGGCUUUCUCUGUAACGGAAAUCUACGGUGAGCAGAAGACGUAUCCUCAUCCAAAUGACGGUCCAGGACAACAAGCUUGCGGCGGUAUCCUAAAAUCGCUGAGUGGCACAAUCCAAUCACCGCAGUCGGCCAACGAGCAGGGCAAGUACCCUCAUAACAUGUACUGUGUAUGGGAAGUGGCGGCACCUGCCGGAUAUGUCAUACAACUUACAUGGUCUCACUUCUCACUGGAAGAAACUCGUAACUGUGCACUUGACUAUGUAGUUGUAUCCGACAACUCCAGUGCGGAUGGUAGCAGUGCUAAUAUCCUAGGAAGAUAUUGUGGGAGAAGUUUGCCACCACAGAUGAUCUCCAAAGAUAAUUUUAUGAAAGUUAUAUUCAUAAGUGAUGUCACUGUGGCCAGAGAAGGAUUCUCAGCCAACUACAUUAUGAAAAAUGUCACUAUGAACUCGAAGCCUCAAUUGAUGGUUUCGCAAGGACUUAGGCCGAGAAGACAAACAGAUGGACUUCCCGAGCUUCCGGACUACGAAUUAGGAAGAGAAAGAAGAGAAACACGAGUAGAUGGACAUCCCGAGAUUCCAAAUUCUGAAUCUUCGUUACCUAGAAAAGAACUUCGAAUAGAAAAACUCUCUUGGUCUCGUCAGCCCCAUAUAGUUCCAAGAUUAAAAAGACAAAGCAACAUUCCAGCACCUCCUCCCAUUCCUGAGGUUGACGACGG